CUGCGCCAUAACAGCUGUUAACGCACGUGUAUGCGUUAAGUACACGUGGCAUGUUGCACUGGUUGCACAUGUAUGCAUAUAAAACUCGCUAGAAUGUCCUUCGAUAACAUUGCUUUUUUUACAAUACUUCGAUAUCAUAAGCGCAGUAAAUGUAAGAAAGCUGAGGAAUCUUCCAAAGUAAUUAUGAAAGAAAACAAGAUAUCUCGUGAUUAGAUAACGCUAUCAAUAGCUGAAUAUAUACUUUGACACGGACUUCUGUAUAGUGCCAGUCCACGCCUAUCUUUUUGCAGUUUGCUAGUCAGCUAGUGUAUCAAUUUUCAAGAUGAAUCCAAAACCUCUGGACCCAUCCAAAAUAAAUAUCACAUCAAGAACAUUGCAUCAACCACCUCUCGAUGAGUUAAUGAAUGUUCUAGCAGGAGGCUUAACUGCAAAUUUUGAAGAGGCUACCAUCGAUUUGGCUGAUUGUCCCAAUUUUAGUAGACGCCCUUACAAUUUUUUCCGAGAAGGAUUGUGUGGUAAUCCAAUUAUUUUUGAAAUUGGUUCACCAGCAUAUCUUUUACCAACUGUCCAAAGGGACAAGAUCUACGAUAUAAAGACAUUGCUGCAACAUAUAAAUUAUAAUCAUGAUACUCUCGUUAUUGGUGCAGGAGCUGGCCCCUGGCCACGUACAGGCUGCAAUUGUGAGCUUAUUAUGAAGUUAAACUUAAAGUUAAACUCCAACGACUCAGAGCCAGGGUUACAUGAUAACUUUCAAGUUCAAAAUGGGACGCAUUAUGCAUUUGUAGAUGAGAACAAUGAAGGUCGUUGCAGACUCCAACGAUUAGCGGAUAAUGACACUGAAUCAACUUUUGCAUUGUUGGGCAAUCUGUAUGCAUGCGAAGGCAAACCGGGCAAGGUUAUUAAAGUACGCGCUAAAAAACGUACCGGCAAAUUGGACUUCAUAUCAUGCAUGCAGAAAGCGUUGGAAAAACAUUACGAGAAUAAGCUCGUUGGUUUGGGUGGCAUGUUCGAGAUGAAGAAUGGAAAAGUGAAGCAGCAUAUUAUGCCAGAUUUUUCGGACACUCCAUUGACUAGCGAAAUCCACCUUAACAACUGGUUACGUUUCUACGACAUGCCGACUCCUUUGAUAGCUGUUGGCACAUUUGUCAGUGCCGAAACGGAUUUAGAUCUCAGGGUUCAGCAUUUCCAUAGUGCCUUCGAAAAGGAUAAUGAGCUUGGACUGGGUGGGCAUUAUCACAUCGAUACAACACCAGAUACUAUUGAAUAUGAAGGUUAUUUCAAUGUGGCAGCUACGCUUUACCGUGUCGAUCAACCACCCAAUAAACUACAGUUUGGGAAAGACUGAACUCGUACGCAUACAUUAAAUUAUUACAAUGACUAUAACUUUAUCAAAUAAAUUAUGCCAAUAAAAUUAUCAUGAAAACAAGAGAUAUAUUAAUGUAUCUUGUUAAAAUUUACACAAAUUUAUCUAGAUAUUUCGCUUUAUAUGGUUAAGAAAUAGAUAAAUUUGUUUAAAAAAAUAAAACUAAUUAUUACCGAUUCUUUUCUUAAACUCAUCUACUUGAAUUUUGUGUGUGUGUGUGUGUGUAUGUGUGUGGUGUGUGUACACAUAAAUAUUAUACAAAAAUUAUUAUGAGAUAAUAUAAAAGUAUAGUUAUAAAAAAAUAAAAUUUAUAUUACUCAUACUUUGAUAAUGAGACAUCUUUAUAUUUCAAGAUAAUAUUGCUGAAUAUUGCAAAAUAAAAACAAACUAUAACAAAAA